AUGGGCCAGCAGGCCGGCCCCAACGGCGCCGGCCCCACCCCCAGCGGCGCUAACGGCAGCGGCGCGGCGGCCAGCGGCGCGGGCGCGGGCGCUGCGGGCGGCGGCGGGGCCGGGGGCCUGCACGCUGAUGUCAGCGGUGGCCUCGACCCCAUCCUUUCGUACUCUGCGGGGUCCGACAUCAACCAGCUGCAGUGGUCGGUGGCGCACCCCGAUUGGAUUGCAAUCAACUAUGGUGCUACCACCGAGGUCCUGCGGGUGUAA